AUGACCAAACUAACUUUGGAAACUUUACCAAUUGAAAUCUUAUCAGAGUUCCAAUUCUUUGGUAUGAGCCCACUCAAGAUGAUGGCUGUUAACAAAUACUUCCUCAACAUUUUUGCUCCUCAAUUUUAUGGUAGAAUCUAUUGCGGCUUGGGUUUUGAUUUUGAAGUUUCAAAAUUUUCCGAAGAUGGUCCAGGUUUUAUUGAUGAUCUUGAUAAUGGUUCUGAAUUAUGCUUCAUGAUUAGAACUGUUCCUAAUUCUCCACCAAAGUUUGCUAAAAAUGUUACAAUUCUUUCUUCUGAAGAAGAAAUUGCAGGUUUCUUCAGUAAGGUUAUGAUUGAAGGUUCAUAUUUGAGAAAUUUUGUUAGACAAAUCACAUUUGAUACUAUUAUUAUUGAAGGUGAUUUCUUGAGAAGUGUGAGAACGCAACCAUUUUUCCAUUACCCCUUGGAAGGACUUGGUCAAUCUAUGUUGGAAAGUGCUUUGAUGUUUUGUCCUUCAGAAAACGUUUUUCAAAGAGACCUUAAAAAAUUUACAACUAGAGCUUCAGAUUUGAAACAUUCACAAACUGAUCAUUCACCUGUUUUCAAAGGAGGUAGAGACAUUUGGGGGUUUCCUGAAUGUCCAUCAAGACAAAUGAACUUGUUGAUGCAAAUGACACAUAAGUUGAUUGCUGGGAACAGAUUUGAUGCUGAUCCAGAUUAUAAUAAAUGGUUCAGUGAUGUUGCAUUAAGAGAAAGUGACUUUAGUUUGAAUAAAGAUCAUGAUCGUGAAUUGAAUGAAUCACAUGCUGCUAGAGUCAAGGAAAUCUCUAGUGAUAUUUACUUGCAUAACUCAAAAGUAAGGGAGAAGUCAUAUAUUUACAGUUUACUCAUGAUAGUUCUUGAUGGUAUGAAGAGGGUACCAAAAGGUUGCACUGCUGAGUUUCUAGGAUUUGUGGUGAACUCUGUGGACAUGCCAACAGGGAACGAUUCUGCUGACAAGAUUUGUGAACAUAGUGUGAAACUAAUGGAGUAUAAAUCAGGUGCUCUUUCUACUAGUGCAAUUAUUAAAAACAGUCCUCCUGAUUUGUUUUAUAACACUUUCAGAGAGGAACCUAUAAGUUCUGAGCCUGAAAAUUUUAUUGACCAUUGGAUGGACUACAAUUAG